AUGGAGGUCAAAUAUUAUAAAUACGACCCAUCUCUUGCUGCUGCCGUCAUUUUUAUCCUUGGAUUUUCAGUAUCCUCUUUAAUGCACGUCUAUCAGAUCUGGAAGACCAAGACCUGGUUCUUCAUCCCUUUCUUAAUCGGUUCUCUUUUUGAAACGGUUGGCUUUAUCGGACGGGCCAUCGGUGCCAAACAGUCGCCAGACUGGACUUUCGGUCCGUACGUGAUGCAAUCCCUGCUUCUCCUUCUCGGACCUACCUGUUACGCCGCGUCGAUCUACAUGAUUCUGGGCAGACUCAUCCGCCUGCUGGGUGCAGAGAAAUACUCGUUGAUCAGGCCAAGUUGGUUGACCAAGUUUUUCUUGUUCGGCGACGUGCUCUCGAUUGCACUACAGGGCAUGGGAGGCGGAAAACUAGUCAACGCAGAAACGGAUGACGAGAGGUCUACGGGAGAGUCCAUCAUUAUCGGCGGCCUUGUCGUGCAGAUGCUCUUUUUCAGCCUUUUUAUGAUCGUCACAUGCCUCUUUCACGCCAGGGCACGGAAGAACCCAACGUCGACAAUGGCCAGCAUCGACACCCCUUGGCAAAAGUUCCUUGCCGUGUUGUACGUCACGAGCGUCCUCAUCUUGAUUCGUUCGGGUUUCCGGUUGAUCGAGUACGCCAUGGGCCACGACUCAGAGCUACAAUCCAAGGAGGUUUACAUCUAUGUCCUGGAUGCGGCGUUGAUGUUGAUUGCUAGUGCACUUUUCAACAUCUUCCACCCAUCCAAGUAUCUCAUUGCAGGCAAGAAAAUGGUGGAUGGUUCGGACGCAGAGAUGCAGCUGACGGAUUACGACUCGUCCUAUCGGGGUCAGUAG